GGCAUAAUAUUUGCUGCUACUAAUGAAUUUCUUUGUGAGGAUUUUUCUAAGCUUAUGCAAGGAGAGUUCGAGAUGAGUAUGAUGGGAGAAUUAAAUUUCUUCCUUGGAAUGCAAAUCAAGCAAAGUAAUGAAGGGUUUUUCAUUAAUCAAUCAAAGUAUACCAAAGAGCUGCUGAAAAAGUUUGGAAUGGACAAGGCUAAGCCUCAAUGCACACCAAUGAGCUCUACCCUCAAACUAGACAAAGAUGAACAAGAUGCUGACUUUACUGGUAGUAAGGUUGAUAGGAAAAGCAAUAAUGGAACUUGUCAAAUCUUAGGAGGUGGCUUGGUUUCUUGGUACUCAAAGAAACAAAAUUCAGUUGCCUUGUCAACUACUGAGGCUGAGUAUAUUGCAGCUGGUAGUUGUGCAACUGAGCUUUUAUGAAUGAAACAACAAUUAGAGGAUUUUGGAUGCAAACUUGAAGGAAUUCUGAUUAGAUGUGACAACACUAGUACAAUCAAUCUAACCAAGAAUCCAAUUCAACAUUCAAGAACAAAACACAUUGAAAUUAGAUAUCAUUUUAUUAGUGAACUUGUGAACAAUGGUGACUUAACACUUGAAUUUGUAAAAGCUAAAAACCAAUUGGCAGACAUAUUUACCAAACCUUUGAAUGAAGAACGAUUUUGUUU